UCCCUGCAUAUGAAAAAAAAAAAGAAUAUUGCACUGUAGUUCCUUCCUCUUCCAAAAUUGAGCUUCGUUCUAAAUCUCAAACAUAGUUUGGGCACUGGGUGAAGAAACACUCAAAGAGAAACAGAUCUACACCUUUCAUUCUCUCUUUUUCAUCUUCCAUCCAUCUCUCAGAUCUCUCUCGCCGGCAUCGGAUUCCGUCGCCGUCGGAAAACUCACGAUCUCGUUUCGAUUUCGGAUGAUCUGGAUUCACCUGCAUUUCCUCCAAUUUCGAUUCCGGAUUCAACACCGUCAUUGAUCUGUGCGAGCAUUUGAUUGCUCGCAAGAGAGUGUGUGAAAAUGGCUGGUGGUGCCGCCGGUGGUUUUCUCACUCGAGCAUUCGAUUCUAUGCUCAAGGAGUGUUCUGGCAAGAAGUUUCCUGAACUUCAGAAAGCUAUUCAGAAUUUCACAGAUAUCACGAAAGAGGCUAGCCAGAGAAAGCAGAGUGAGCCUAAUCAAGCUGCACCGUCACCUGAAUCCGCGAGUGCGAACGAAACUGAAGAUGGAGCGGUAACUAAACCAGAAGCAGAUCAGUCACAUAAGGCUUAUAGUGGAAAUAUCACAGUUAUCUUAGCUAAUGCUGGGAAUGCGCUCGAAGGAGCUGAUGCAGAACUUGUUUUAAAUCCGCUCCGUCUUGCAUUCGAGACGAAGAGCUUGAAAAUCCUAGAACCGGCUUUAGAUUGUCUUCAUAAACUUAUUGCGUAUGACCAUUUAGAGGGAGAUCCUGGGUUAGAUGGUGGUAAAAAUGUCCCAUUGUUUACAGACAUUUUAAACAUGGUGUGCAGUUGUAUCGACAAUUCAUCACCUGACAGUACUAUUCUCCAAGUGCUGAAGGUACUUCUUACUGCUGUAGCUUCUGCAAAAUUCCGAGUACAUGGCGAACCUUUGUUGGGAGUUAUCAGAGUAUGCUAUAAUAUUGCUCUGAAUAGCAAGAGUCCUAUAAACCAAGCAACAUCAAAGGCAAUGCUGACCCAGAUGAUCAGCAUCGUUUUCAGGAGAAUGGAAACUAAUCCCAAUUUCCAGGUUGAAACUUCAUCUGGUUCUGGUGGACACACAAUUACAAAAGCUGCUUCAACAGAGAAUUUAAACACAAAAUCUGAUGAAACUUCUGUGGGAGAGUCAAAUGAAAAAGAAAUGACUUUAGGUGAUGCACUUAGUCAAGCCAAGGAUGCAUCCCCAACAUCUCUUGAGGAACUUCAAAAUCUUGCCGGGGGUGCUGAUAUCAAGGGCCUUGAAGCUGUACUCGACAAGGCUGUGCAUACCGAAGAUGGUAAAAAAAUAACACGUGGGAUUGAUUUGGAGAGCAUGAGUAUAGGACAACGUGACGCUUUGCUGGUGUUCCGAACUCUCUGCAAGAUGGGUAUGAAGGAAGAUAACGAUGAAGUUACAACCAAGACAAGGAUUUUGUCCCUUGAGCUUCUGCAGGGUUUGUUGGAGGGAGUUAGCCACUCAUUUACAAAGAACUUCCAUUUUAUCGAUUCAGUGAAGGCGUAUCUUUCAUAUGCAUUGUUGCGAGCUUCAGUUUCACAAUCCCCUGUCAUAUUUCAGUAUGCAACUGGAGUAUUCUUGGUGCUCUUAUUGCGAUUCAGGGAGAGUCUCAAAGGUGAAAUAUGCAUCUUCUUUCCGUUGAUAGUUCUUAGACCACUGGAUGGAUUAGAAUUUUCUGUCAACCAAAAACUUAGUGUUCUUCGGAUGCUAGAGAAAGUAUGUAAGGAUCCACAGCUGCUUGUUGACAUCUUUGUGAAUUAUGACUGUGAUCUUGAGGCGCCAAACUUGUUUGAACGAAUGGUUACAACUCUGUCCAGAAUAGCACAAGGGACUCAAAAUACUGAUCCGAAUUCAGCUGCUGUUUCUCAAACUGCUUCAGUUAAAGGUUCAUCACUUCAAGGCCUUGUGAGUGUGCUUAAAUCAUUGGUUGACUGGGAACAAUCACAUCGGGAGCUGAUAAAGUUAAAGAGUGAUCAGCAAGAAGGGGUUUCAGCUGAAGAUUCUCUUGAAGUAAGAUCCAGGGAGGAUGUAACUAGUGAUUUUGAGAAGGCUAAGGCUCAUAAGUCAACAUUGGAGGCUGCCAUUGCUGAGUUCAACAGGAAGCCAAUGAAAGGGGUGGAGUAUCUAAUAUCAAAUAAGUUGGUGGAAAACACACCUGCUUCAGUCGCUCAAUUUUUGAAAAACACCCCAAAUUUGGAUAAGGCUACCAUUGGUGACUAUUUAGGCCAACAUGAAGAGUUCCCCCUUGCUGUGAUGCAUGCUUAUGUAGAUUCCAUGAAAUUUUCUGGGAUGAAAUUUCAUACUGCAAUCAGGGAGUUUCUUAAAGGGUUCCGACUUCCUGGGGAAGCUCAAAAGAUAGAUCGAAUCAUGGAAAAAUUUGCAGAGAGAUACUGUGCAGACAAUCCAGGCCUUUUUAAAAAUGCAGAUACAGCAUACGUUCUUGCUUAUGCUGUCAUUAUGUUAAAUACUGACGCUCAUAACCCAAUGGUAUGGCCUAAGAUGUCCAAGUCAGAUUUUGUUCGUAUGAAUGCUAGAGAUGAUCCAGAUGAAUGUGCGCCUAGGGAACUACUGGAAGAGAUCUAUGAUUCCAUUGUUAAAGAAGAGAUUAAAAUGAAAGAUGACACAUCUUUUCUGGGAAAAAGCAGCAGACAGAAAUCAGAAGGUGAAGAAGGACGCCUUGUCAGUAUUCUUAACCUGGCACUCCCCAAAAGUAAGUCAGCAGGAGAUGCCAAGUCUGAAAGUGAGGCUAUCAUUAAGAAAACACAAGCUAUAUUCAGGAAUCAAGGGGUGAAACGAGGAGUUUUCUACACUGCCCAACAGAUUGAACUUGUAAGGCCCAUGGUAGAUGCUGUUGGGUGGGCUCUGCUUGCUACUUUCUCUGUAACUAUGGAGGAAGGUGAGAAUAAGCCUCGUGUUGUUCUGUUGAUGGAGGGUUUUAGAGCUGGAAUACACAUCACAUUUGUACUUGGAAUGGAUACCAUGCGCUAUGCAUUUUUAACAUCUCUGGUCAGGUUCACUUUCCUGCAUGCCCCAAGGGAAAUGCGUAGUAAAAAUGUGGAAGCUUUACGGACACUGUUGGUUCUUUGUGACUCAGACAUGAACGCCCUUCAAGACACAUGGAAUGCAGUUCUAGAAUGUGUUUCUCGCCUUGAAUUUAUAACAACAACUCCUGCAAUUGCUGCCACUGUCAUGCAUGGAUCAAAUCAAAUCUCCAAGGAUUCUGUUGUUCAAUCUCUGAGAGAGUUAUCUGGGAAACCUGCUGAACAAGUUUUCAUGAAUAGUGUUAAACUACCUAGUGAUUCAGUUGUGGAAUUCUUCACGGCUCUCUGUGGUGUAUCUGCUGAGGAGCUAAAACAAACCCCAGCUCGUGUUUUCAGCUUGCAAAAGCUUGUUGAAAUUAGCUAUUACAAUAUGGCUCGUAUACGUAUGGUCUGGGCCAGAAUCUGGUCUGUUCUAGCAAAUCACUUUAUAUCAGCUGGGAGUCAUCAUGAUGAAAAAAUUGCUAUGUAUGCCAUAGAUUCUCUAAGACAACUUGGUAUGAAGUAUUUGGAGCGUGAUGAGCUGGCCAAUUUUACUUUCCAAAACGAUAUUCUCAAACCAUUUGUUGUUCUUAUGCGGAAUAGUCAAAGUGAAUCCAAAAGGAGACUAAUUGUUGAUUGCAUUGUUCAGAUGAUAAAAUCUAAGGUUGGGAGCAUUAAGUCUGGGUGGCGUAGUGUAUUUAUGAUUUUUACGGCUGCUGCAGAUGAUGAACUAGAAUCAAUUGUUGAGAGUGCAUUUGAAAAUGUUGAGCAGGUCAUCUUAGAACACUUUGAUCAAGUAGCGGGAGACUGUUUCUUGGAUUGCGUAAAUUGUCUCAUCAGGUUUGCCAACAAUAAAACAUCACAUCGAAUUAGUUUGAAGGCUAUUGCACUCUUGCGGAUCUGUGAGGACCGUCUUGCAGAGGGCCUUAUUCCUGGAGGCACUUUGAUGCCUAUUGAUGCUACAUUGGAUGCGACUUUGGAUGUAACUGAGCAUUAUUGGUUCCCAAUGCUGGCUGGUUUAUCUGAUCUGACAUCAGAUCAUAGACCAGAGGUCAGAAGUUGUGCACUUGAAGUCUUAUUUGAUUUAUUGAAUGAAAGAGGUAGCAAGUUCUCUACACCAUUUUGGGAGAAUAUUUUCCAUCGAGUCUUAUUUCCAAUUUUUGAUCAUGUGAGACAUGCUGGAAAAGAGAGCUUUAUUUCUACUGAUGAUGAUUGGUUUCGUGAAACAAGCAUACAUUCGCUUCAGUUGCUUUGCAACCUUUUCAACACAUUCUAUAAGGAGGUUUGUUUUAUGCUGCCGCCAUUGCUGAGUUUGCUUUUAGAUUGUGCCAAAAAGACAGAUCAAACUGUGGUCUCAAUAUCUCUCGGUGCGUUGGUGCAUCUAAUUGAAGUAGGUGGUCAUCAAUUUAGUGAAAGUGACUGGGACAUGCUACUUAAAAGCAUAAGAGAUGCUGGAUACACAACGCAACCUUUAGAGUUGCUUAAUACUUUGAGUGUUGAAAAUAUCAGAAACCAUGGGGGCAUUGUUAGGGAUUCUGAGGACAAUGCAGAUGACAGUGUUACCAUUAAGUCUACUGACAGAGAGGUAGUGAGUGACCAUCAACAUGAGGUCAACAGUAAUGGGAACUUAUCCCCACUUGCAUCCUCAAAUGCAAAUGCUGAUGGAGUUGAAGAUUCAGUAUCACAGACAAAUAUAGAUCAGUCUGAAGGCCUUCCAUCUCCAUCAGGAAGAACUCCCAAGGCUGCAGAUGGAGGAGGCCUCCAACGGAGUCAAACCUUAGGUCAGCGGAUUAUGGAAAAUAUCUUCCUUCGGAAUCUUACUUCAAAAUCUAAAGGCCGUGUAUCUGAUGCUUCACAACCAUCUUCCCCAGUAACGGUUAUUGAUACCGUAGAGCCUGAUACCAAGAAUGAAGAGAGUCCUUUGCUAGCAGCUAUCAGGGGAAAGUGCAUCACCCAAUUAUUGCUCCUUGGUGCAAUUGAUGGUAUUCAGAAGAAAUAUUGGACAAUGUUAAAAGCGCAACAGAAGAUUGCUGUAAUGGACACUUUGUUGUCUUUGUUGGAGUUUGCUGCUUCAUUUAACUCAUCCACCAAUCUAAGAACUCGCAUGCACCAAAUUCCUGAUGAAAGGCCACCUAUAAAUCUUCUUCGUCAGGAACUAGCUGGUACUGGCAUAUAUCUGGACAUCUUACAGAAGUCAACUUGUGGGUUUGAAACAAAGAAAGAAAAAAGUCCAGAUUCAGUUGGAUUUCAAGAUGUUGAUUCUAGGGAAGACAAUGGCUCGAGUAUUAAACAUUCUGACGCGGAAGAGAAAUUUGAAAGGGUAGCUGAGGAGAAACUGGUGUCUUUCUGUGAACAGGUGCUCAGGGAGGCAUCUGACCUCCAGUCUAGUACUGGAGAAACCACUAACAUGGAUAUUCAUCGUGUCUUGGAACUUCGUGCUCCUAUUAUUAUCAAGGUGAUCCAAAGCAUGUGUUCUAUGAACAGUAAGAUUUUCAGAAGACACCUAAGAGAACUCUAUCCUUUGCUAACUAAACUUGUUUGCUGUGACCAGAUGGAUGUUCGAGGAGCUCUUGGUGAUUUGUUUCAAUCACAACUGAAAGCUCUUUUACCAUAGCUAUCUUACAAUGCUGCUGUUAGGAUCCUCAGAGAUACAUACUUCAGUGCACGGCCAAUAGCCCGAUAUGAAUUUAAGAUGGCUUGGAAAGAAAAAAAUAUUGUAGUAUUUCUGUAUCAAUCUUUUCAUGAAAAUUUUGUGCUUGCACUAACAGUUUUGUAGAAAGUCGAUAGAAAUGUAAUUUUGGUUUGACAUCCCAACAUUCGUUUGCACUUAACUCCAUUUGUCUGUGCAGUAUUUGGAAAAAUAGCUUAAGCUCUUGUUGAGGUUUCCAAUCAGGCUUUUGUUGUAUCAUAAUAGCUGUUUACCAGGGAAACCCUUACCUCUUUCAUGAGAAUUUUACAAACUAUUCACAAUGUAUACAACACGGGCAAAAUAGCAGUUCUGUGUACUUUCA